AUGCUCUUGUUGUUACGUCCAGUCCAUCCGAGUGCUGAUGGCACUCCUGCUACACAGUCGAAGUUCACUGGGCCUGCCUCGGACUCAGCUGUGCUAGUAUGGGCUGGUAUUGUGCACAGUAGGAUUCCCCGGCCGCAAAUGUCACAAGAUAAUAUGGUACCUGCCAUCAAGCGUAUAGAAACUGAAGUUGGUACUACAGUUUGGUUCCAACAUGACGGUGCACCGCCACACAAUGCUCUGGUGGUGAGAUGCAUUUACGAUCUGCUCAUCACCCGGGUUCAAUUUGAAGACGAAGGGGAGUACGCCUGUCAAGCGUCAGUUUUGGCGAAGCAAUCCACAGAUUCCCGGCUGGAGUCUUCCAGUAUCAAACUAGCCGCAGUGCAAUUGAAUCCCACCGAAAAGUCCACCACCGUUCCGAUGAGUUUGAUCAAAAGUGAGGCAGCCCAUAUGGCUGUAAUUGGAUGCCCGAAUUGGUCGAAUGACUUGGUAGCUGGUGCGUGUUCCGGGAUGCGGUUGUCUCAACAGCAGCAGCAGCAGCAGCAGAAACAACAACAACAACCAUAA